ACAGUGUACAAAGAGAAAAAUCAGUACUCACCAACAGAAAACAAUUGGAGUCCACAUUCAAGGAGCUGGAGCACAGAGUCAUCUCUCUGGUGAAGAAGGAGCUGAAGAGGUUUAAGAAGCUGCUGAGUCCAGAUUACCCAGCAUGCUCUGAGAGUGAGGUGGAGGAUGAGGAGGAUCAGAGCAGUGCCAGAGAGGGGGUGCUGAAGAUCACACUGCACGUCCUGAGAAACAUGAACCAGACAGACCUCGCUAACACACUACAGACCAAGCUAUUCUCUGAAUAUCAACGAAAUCUCAAACACAAACUAAUGGAUAAAUUUAAAAGAAUUAAUGAAGGAAUUUCCCAACAAGGAAGCUCAACUCUUCUGAAUGAGAUCUACACCGAGCUUUACAUCACAGAGGGAGGGAGUGGAGAGGUCAAUAAUGAACACGAGGUGAGACAGAUUGAGACAGCAUCCAGGAGACCAGCAACACAGGAGACACCCAUCAAAUGCAAUGAGCUCUUUAAAGACAAACCCAUCAGAAGAGUGCUGACUAAAGGAGUUGCUGGAAUUGGGAAAACGGUCUCUGUUCAGAAGUUCAUUCUGGACUGGGCUGAAGGAAGAGCAAAUCAGGACGUCCUCUUCAUAUUUCCACUUCCUUUUAGGGAGCUGAAUUUGAUGAAGGAGAAAAUGUUCAGUCUGAUGGAUCUGCUUCAUCACUUUUUCCCAGAAACAAAACAAUUACAAUUAAUACACUGUGAUGCUUACAAAGUCAUUUUCAUCUUUGAUGGUCUGGAUGAGUGUCGACUUCCUCUAGAUUUCCAGAACAAUGAGAACUUGUGGAAUGUAACAGAGUCGACCUCGGUGGAUGUGCUUCUGACAAACCUCAUCAAGGGGAAUCUGCUUCCCUCUGCUCUCCUCUGGAUAACCUCUCGACCUGCAGCAGCCAAUCAGAUCCCUCCUGAGUGUGUUGAUCAGGUAACAGAGGUACGAGGGUUCAGUGACCCUCAGAAAGAGGAGUACUUCAGGAAGAGAAUCAGUGAUCAGAGCCUGGCCAACAAAAUCAUCACACACAUGAAGUCAUCAAGAAGCCUCUACAUCAUGUGUCACAUUCCAGUCUUCUGUUGGAUUGCAGCCACUGUUCUAGAGAGAAUGUUGGGUGAAGCAGAGAGUGGAGAAAUCCCCAAGACUCUGACUCAAAUGUUCACACACUUUCUGAUCUUUCAGAUCAAACACAAGGACAGAAAGUACCAUGGAAACACUGACACUGAUCCUCAACAGACUAAAAAGACAAUUCUGGCACUGGGAAAACUGGCUUUCCAACAGCUGGAAAAGGGCAACCUGAUCUUCUAUGAGGAAGACCUAAGAGAGUGUGGCAUUGAUGUCAAAGUAGUGUCAGUGUACUCAGGAGUGUGUACCCAAAUCUUCAGAGAGGAGUUUGGGCUUCACCUGGGGAAGGUGUUCAGCUUUGUGCAUCUGAGCAUUCAGGAGUUUCUGGCUGCUUUAUAUGCAUUUCUCUCCUUCAUCUCUAAAAAGAAAAAUGUGUUAAAACAGCAAAAGAAAGGUCUCUUUAAAAGAUCCACCAUGUCUGACUUCCUUAUGAAUGCAGUGGACAAGGCCUUACAGAGUGAGAAUGAACAUCUGGACCUUUUCCUCCGCUUCCUUCUGGGUCUCUCACUGGAGUCCAAUCAGACUCUCUUACAAGGCCUACUGACACAGAGGAAAAGAAGCUCUCACAGCAAAGAGGAAACAGUCAACUACAUCAAGGAGAAGAUCAGGGAGAAUCCCUCUCCAGAGAAAUCCAUCAAUCUGUUCCACUGUCUGAAUGAACUAAAGGAUCAUUCUCUAGUACAGGAAGUCCAGACAUACCUGAGCAGAGGAGGUGACCAUUGUCUCCAUGGAGCCAGUCUCUCUCCAGCUCAGUGGUCAGCUCUGGUGUUUGUGUUACUGAACUCAGAAGAGGAGCUGGAUGAGUUUGACCUGAGUAAAUUUGACCCAUCAGAGGAAUGUCUACUGAGACUGCUGCCAGUGGUCACAGCAUCCAGAAAAGCUGUGCUGGAUAAGUGCAGUAUAACAGAUGAAGGCUGUGCUGCUCUGGCUUCAGCUCUGAGGUCAAACCCCUCAUCACACCUGAGAGAGCUGAAUCUGAACUUCAAUAAACCAGGAGACUCAGGAGUGAAGCAGCUCUCUACUCUACUGGAGGAUCCACACUGUAAACUGGAGAAACUAGAGCUGGUUAACUGCAGUAUUACAGAUGAAGGCUGUGCUGCUUUGGCUUCAGCUCUGAGGUCAAACCCCUCAUCACACCUGAGAGAGCUGAAUCUGAGCCUCAAUAAACCACGUGACUCAGGAGUGAAGCAGCUCUCUGCUCUACUGGAGGAUCUACACUGUAAACUGGAGAAACUACAGCUGGAUAACUGCAGUAUUACAGAUAAAGGUUGUGCUGCUCUGGCUUCAGCUCUGAGGUCAAACCCCUCAUCACACCUGAGAGAGCUGAAUCUGAACUACAAUAAACCAGGAGACUCAGGAGUGAAGCAGCUCUCUGCUCUACUGGAGGAUCCACACUGUAAACUGGAGAAACUACAGCUGGUUAACUGCAGUAUUACAGAAAAAAGUUGUGCUGCUCUGGCUUCAGCUCUGAGGUCAAACCCCUCAUCACACCUGAGAGAGCUGAAUCUGAACUACAAUAAACCAGGAGACUCAGGAGUGAAGCAGCUCUCUGCUCUACUGAAGGAUCCACACUGUAAACUGGAGAAACUACAGCUGUAUAACUGCAGUAUUACAGAUGAUGGCUGUGCUGCUCUGUCUUCAGCUCUGAGGUCAAACCCCUCAUCACACCUGAGAGAGCUGAAUCUGAACUACAAUAAACCAGGAGACUCAGGAGUGAAGCAGCUCUCUGCUCUACUGAAGGAACCACACUGUAAACUGGAGAAACUACAGCUGGAUAAGUGCAGUAUAACAGAUGAAGGCUGUGCUGCUCUGGCUUCAGCUCUGAGGUCAAACCCCUCAUCACACCUGAGAGAGCUGAAUCUGAACUUCAAUAAACCAGGAGACUCAGGAGUGAAGCAGCUCUCUACUCUACUGGAGGAUCCACACUGUAAACUGGAGAAACUAGAUAUCCGGCCACUAUUGAGGUGAUGUGGUCUGAGUCUCCCACACAGAGAAGAGGAUGAACAAACACACAUAAUUCAUCAUAUGAUUCUCCAUGGUAACGUGUGUUAGUGUGAAUAUGUGUGAACAUGACUGCAGCACAGGGCUGUGUGUCCUCCCCAUGUCUUCCAGCUUCUAGACACCACACACACCUGACCUGGACGUUACACACACACACACACACACACACACACACACACACACACACACACACACACACACACACACACACACACACACACACACACACACACACACCUGAUCUGAUCUGAAACUCUGCUGCCUUCCUGUUCUCUGGUGCUCAUUAGUUUGAAGUUUACAGAGAUAAUCAAAACUAAACCUACAUAUGAGUGUAAAGGAAAAAAAAAUGUACAGUUUUAUACUUUCCCCAAAUUACCCCAUAAAAACACAUUUGUAACAUUAUGAGGCCACCAUCAUGGAUAAUUGAAAUUGAUUUCUUCCUUUGAGUGUGAAACUCUACAAGAAAAACAGAAGAUGUGUCUGGUAGACUUAUGUCUUUGAUGAUGAUGUGUAUGACAGAGUUAUGUGGAUGUUGAUUUGGUUCUGCUUCGAACUUUAAUGUGUAAAUACCACCUGAAUUUAAAAUGCUGUCUGCAGUAAGUGAAGAUGUAGGAGUGUUCUUAUGAAAGGCAGUGGGUAUAAUGGCUUCUACUACUAACUAGUUACAUUAGUUUAAUUUCUCCAGUGUACCAAUAAACAACACUGCAUUCACACAGAUUAUGGAUGUAACCCUUAAUAUUGUAUCAUAUAAGCAGCAGUAAACCUCUAACCCAACCGUAAA